AUGCCGCUAGUCUGCUGCUACUCAAACGAGGGCCAAUCAAUUGGGUCAACGCCGGCGCCUUGGGGCCUAUCCCCGCAUCGAAGGAAGUCAACCAGUUGCCUGGGGGCCUUCGCGAAGAAGGAGCACCAGUUCCUCGCCGAGCUCGGCCUCGCGCAGCGCAACCCGGGCGCGUUCGCAUGCGGCGCGUGGGGCGGCUCAGGCCCCGUCGUCACCUCCACCAGCCCGACCAACAACCAGGUCAUCGCGGAGGUUGUGAAGGCGUCCGUGCAGGACUAUGAGGAGGGCAUGCGCGCCUGCUUCGAUGCCGCCAAGACAUGGAUGGCGAUUCCUGCUCCAAAGCGCGGAGAGAUUGUUAGGCAGAUCGGUGAUGCACUGAGAGCAAAGCUACAUCACCUUGGCAGGCUUGUGUCACUUGAGAUGGGGAAAAUUCUUCCAGAAGGGAUCGGUGAGGUUCAGGAAAUCAUCGACAUGUGUGAUUAUGCUGUGGGGCUAAGUCGCCAACUAAAUGGAUCCAUUAUACCAUCUGAACGACCAAACCAUAUGAUGAUGGAGGUAUGGAAUCCCCUUGGAGUUGUGGGUGUUAUAACGGCAUUUAAUUUUCCUUGCGCUGUGCUUGGUUGGAAUGCGUGCAUUGCUUUGGUCUGUGGAAAUAGCGUUGUCUGGAAAGGUGCUCCAACGACUCCACUGAUCACUAUUGCAAUGACAAAAAUAGUGGCUAGUGUAUUGGAGAAGAACAACUUGCCAGGCGCAAUUUUCACAUCUUUUUGUGGGGGCACUGAAAUUGGUCAAGCAAUUGCCCUUGACACUAGGAUACCUUUGGUUUCAUUCACUGGAAGUACAAGGGCUGGUCUGAUGGUUCAGCAACAAGUUAACGCAAGAUUUGGUAAAUGCCUUCUUGAACUUAGCGGAAACAAUGCCAUCAUUGUUAUGGAUGACGCAGAUAUCCGGCUAGCUGUGCGUUCUGUCUUGUUCGCUGCUGUUGGUACAGCAGGACAACGCUGCACUACAUGCCGUAGGCUGAUUCUUCAUGAAAGCAUAUAUCAAACUUUCCUUGAUCAACUUGUUGAGGUAUACAAACAAGUCCGAAUUGGGGAUCCGUUGGAGAAAGGCACCUUACUGGGACCACUGCACACUCCUGCUUCAAAAGAGAACUUUUUGAAAGGCGUCCAGACCAUCAAAUCUCAGGGAGGGAAAAUCCUUUUUGGAGGAUCUGCCAUUGAAUCAGAAGGAAACUUUGUGCAACCAACGAUUGUGGAAAUUACACCUUCUGCACCAGUUGUGAAAGAAGAACUCUUUGGUCCUGUCCUUUAUGUUAUGAAAUUUCAGACCUUGAAGGAAGCAAUUGAAAUCAAUAACUCUGUUCCUCAAGGAUUGAGCAGUUCUAUAUUUACAAAGAGGACAGAUAUAAUUUUUAAGUGGCUCGGGCCCCAUGGUAGUGAUUGUGGUAUAGUGAAUGUGAACAUACCUACAAAUGGAGCUGAAAUUGGUGGAGCAUUUGGUGGAGAAAAGGCAACUGGUGGUGGACGAGAAGCAGGGAGUGAUUCCUGGAAGCAGUACAUGAGGAGGGCGACUUGGUAA